AUGUUUCUGGAGGAGGCUUGGGUUGAGCGGGCCUCUCGCGUCUCAGGCGCGUGCGCAGCUUCAGACACUUCUCUGCUCCGUUCAUUUGUCUCGUCUUCGUUUUCUUUAUCGGGAGUUAGUAUACGCUUUCCUUUUACGGCUUGGGGAGAAGGCGCAGAGUUGCAUUGGGCGGCAACGCCGGCUCUCAGAGAGCUCCAGAAACCCACAAAACGGCUUGGACUGAGGACUGUUGCCUGGAAGAAGGCUGACGAGAAGACGCGGCGAAAAUUGAAGCUGCAAAUGCAGCAUCAACAGGACGAGCCGCAGCUGCUGCACGAUUCACUGCUAGAGGAGUCGCCCAUAUCCUUUAUAGCGCUUGACGAAAAAGGAGUGGCUGUCGGGGCAGUGGCUGCUGCCAUGCCUAACUCUGAAAAGGAGGUUUUGGGUGCUGUUGUUCUCUCAUUUGGGGAGGAUAAGCAAGCAAUGGAAACGGAGCUCCUCGUUCUUCUGCGGGAGGCAGCUGCUGCUUCGUCAAUAUCUAAAGUGGAACUUAAAGUUGACGCACGUGACUCUCUUUCUGUUGCUGCAGCAGCAGCAGCGGGCUUCACUCCUUUGCAUGUUUCUGUGGGCCCAACGCAGUGCCAGCUCACCUUUGCUGCAGCAGCAGACGCAGGAAUAGGACCAGUAGCAUCGGACGAAGCUAUACCCUUCAUAAUCCAAAGAUCGGAGAAUCAUGCGCAUGGGCACGACGCGCCACUCAGAACAGCAAAGGCAGCACCCACAGCAGCAGCAGCGUCGAGAAGCAGCAUUUAUGGGAAUAAGGGGCUUUUUGGGUUGCGCGAAAAUUUGCUGGCGCACCGAAGGAUGCGGGACAGCCAAAUAGCAGCUGCAGCAAGCAACGCAGCUGCUGCAGCAGCAAGACAGGAAGCAGAAGCUGCAGCAGCUCGAAAGGCGGCUGCUGCGAAGGCCGCAACAGCACCCCUUUGCUCCACACCCCCGAGAACAGCAGCCGCGACGGCCACAGAAUCACCACGAGUUUUAACAACAGAAGCAGCUACAGCAGAGCAGGAAGAGGAGCUCCACAUAGACCUCAGACCGCGUUUGGCAAAGCUUUCCGUUGGUGUGCUGGUGCUCCUGGUGGGGUUGUUCUUUGUAGCGCCUCAACGGCGCAUCCGUGGGGGAGGGCGCAACGGCAGGCGAAGCCGAGGCAGCAGCAGCAGCAGCAAAAGCAGCAACAAGAGCCCGCAGCAGCAGCAGCAAGUUGACCACGAGGUCCUUCAGAUCCUGGAUUAUAUCGACCGAGAAACUCGCACAAAUGUAGGAGAGCCAGAUGUAUACUCCUCUCCGCCCUACACCUAUCAGUACUCAGAGCAGGCCCUUCCCUUCCCCUGA